AUGCAUCAAACGGACUUAUUGCCCAAAACUACCAAAAUCCCAACGAUCUUGAUCCUUGCGAAAAUACUCCCUCUUGAGAGACCGCGUCGCCCCACGAGCCAGUGUCUGAAAUUGAUUGGUAAUGUUGAUGCUGGUGUGUUUGAUAGGUUAUCUAUAGUUGACGAGUUUAGAUAUUCCAUUUCGGAGGGACAAUCUAUAUCUCGCAAUUCAAUCACAUUGAGAGAAGAAUCCAGUGGCAAGAAGCAACAAAUCAAAGGAGGAGUUGGCACACACAAAUCCAAGUCCCUAUUAAAGCUUGAUCACUUGCAAAACCUUGCAGUGUGGGCCAGCAGCAAGGGUGCUAUCCCCUCUUUGGGCGCUUUUUUUGGGUACCAGUUUGCUGCUAACAGAGAGGCACUUGGGGCACUACCUGAUCCUUCCCUGUUCGCUUGCCAAAGAUGUGAGUCAAUUCUUCAGCCUGGCUUUCAUUGCACUGUUCGAGUUGAAAAGAAUCGAGCCAAGAAGCACCGUAGGACCAAGAAACCGGGCACAAUGAUGCAGAACAAUGUGAUUUAUGCAUGCCACUUUUGUUCACAUCGGAAUCUGAAGAGGGGGACUCCAAAAGGACAUAUGAAGGAGAUGUGCCCUCCCACACCAAAACAAUGUUUAGAAUCCAAACCUGUCGAGUUUGUGCUUCAGAAGCACGCUAUGAGCUCAGAGGAAGCACUGGAGAAAGACAAACACCAAUUACAGAUAGACCUAGACAGAACAGAUGAGAUAACUUUGCCAGAAAUAGCUGCAAAUAAUAAUCCAGCAACUCCAGUAAGAAGCGAUAUUAGUUUGUUGAAUGGAAAGAGAAGGAAAAGAAGCAGAUCAGGAUCAGGACUUAAAAGAUCUGAUGAAUCUGGAAGCAUUUCCACCGUAAAAAAUGAAGAAAAUACUACAAGUGCAUCGGGUAAACGGAGGAGAAAAGCUUGGACAAGCCUGAAAGAAAUUGCUGAGCAAGGUAGCAAUCAGAAGACGAACAUUGCAGUCCCUUUCUUUCUAUGAAACGUAAUAUACUCUCAAUUUUGGGUAAGUGUUGAUAAUAUAAGAACAGUGGUAUUGUUUUUCCCUU